AUGAACUUGUUGGCCGACGAAGAGCUCGACUUCGAUGAGAUCGAAGACGAGACGUUUGAAGACGUGGAUCAGAUCCUCGGCUACGACGGCAGUCACGCCGACGACAGCACUCAUAACGACGACCACAACGAGGGCUCACAUAAUGAGGUGAAUGACCGCAACAGCGAUGACGACAGAGACGGUGACCACCGAUCAGUUGAUGAACUCAUGACCGACGAUGAGUCCGAUGCCAACGACGACGGCGUGACUCCCGCACCGGCGCCGCCGCCCGAAGACAGUGAUAGUGACAACGAUAGUGAUCAACACGUGAACGACGGCCACAAUAGUGGCGCCGAUUCUGUGGAUCCGUUGGACAAUUUGGAGGGCUUUUUGGGCGCAUUUGACGGAUCCGUUGAAGACACGGCUCCUUCUGGUCACACAUCGGCGCCAAUGAAGCCAACGCUCGACAAAGAGAAGGCACCGAAACCUAUGGUCGACGACCGGCUCUUUCGCAAAGACAAGGCGUCCGCAGAGAAGUCGACACUUGAGAAGACAACGGCCGCCAAGAAUAUGGCGUCCGCUAAGAACCCGCCCUUUAGGACGCCUUCUGUCGAUCGAUCUGUGACUCAGAAACCAAACGUUUCGAUGAAAGAGUCGACGAAUCGCACAGAAAAGCAUAAGUCGUCGCAAAAUAAAGGGCUAAAUGUAGAGAAGUCGAGGCCAACCGCAGAGAAGCCGAGACCCGCUCCGGACAUGUCUACGCCUGCGAUCAUUAAGUCUAAGACUGUGGCAGAGAAGGCGAAAACGUCCGCAAACAUGUCAAUGCCUAUCAUUAAACCAAAACCGGGCGUUGAAAAGACAAAACCUGUUGUAGAAAAGCCCAAACAGAGCGUAGAAAAGACAAAACACGUGUCAGAAAAGCCGAAACCCGUCUCAGAAAAGCCGAAACCCGUCUCAGAAAAGCCGAAACCGGUCGCAGAGAAUCCAAAACCGAUCGCUGAAAAGACACAACUAAUCGUAGAAAAAUCGAUACCAUCUGUAGAUAAGCCGAAACCUGUCCCUCAAAAGCACAGUUCGGUCGUAGAAAACGUGAAACCAUUGGGUUCGAGACCGGGACCCGCGUCCUCAAAGCUCAAGUUGGCCAAUGAGAAGCCGAGACCAGACGUAUUGAAAACAAAACAAAUACCAGAGGUAUCCAAAGCUAAGCCAAUGCCAGAGGUAUCCAAAGCUAAGCCAAUGCCAGAGGUAUCUAAAGCUAAGCCAAUGCCAGAGGUAUCUAAAGCUAAGCCAAUGCCAGAGGUAUCCAAAGCUAAGCCAAUGCCAGAGGUAUCGAAAGCUAAACCAAUGCCAGAGGUGUUGAGAGCGAAGCCCAUAUUACCGAAGCCCGUCAUUGAGAAACCAAAGCUUGUUAUUAAGAGCCCGACUCGCGAUCGGGUGUCUACAGAAAAGUUGAACACAUACUCCAGUAAAGAGUCUCACAAACCAAUCGACUCGUGGUUAUCGAUGCCUUCGGGAAGUAAAGAGACAAAAGUGAGUAAAACAGGGCUAACGGGUCCGGUGGCGCCUAUAGUUAGAGGCAAAACUACUGAAGCAGACAUAAAAUUCUAUGAAUCGUUACGAAUCUAUUUGAAGACAAAGCGAAUCAUUGGUUACGAAGAAACCACAUUCAAAGAAGACGCCAAAAAUUUUAAAGUUAAACACAAUGUGCUGUUCAUGAGAGGCAGAGAAGUGAUCGAAAGUGAACAACGAAUGAGAGAUUUGUCCGUUGAAUACCAUUUGAACGCAAAGGUAAAGUCUUCCAAAUCGAGACACAGAGGCGCUAAGGCGACCGCCACUGCUAUCAAAAACAAGUACUUCUGGCCAACCAUUGACAACGACGUCAAGGAUGUCAUCAAUCGCUGCAUUGUUUGCAAUCCGAGAGAAUACGCGUUGACAACGUUUCAGUUGUGGAAGUAUAUCGAAAUCGGUGUCAUCGACUCGAUUCUUGUGGUCCGAGACUUGUCUUCGAAGUCAUCGAUUUUCAAUUGCGGCGUUUGUGAAGACUUAAGCGCUCGGAAGCUGUGCUAUCAUUUGCUCAAUUUGUUCCAACAGUACGGCAUUCCCAAUGCUAUUCGUGUAGUGUUACCACAAUUUCCGCUACAAUUUGUUCAGGAAUUGAAGGAAUGCUUUCAAAGAGAAUUAACCAUUUUUAUCGAAAGCAUACACACUGUGUGCGAAGCGAACGAAGACGCGGAGGAAGUGUUCUCACUUCCAAAGGUGAACAUUACAAUGGAAACCGGAGACGACAAGUGUCCCGAAAAUGAUAAACAGUUGUUUUCAUCGGUUUCUGCCAUUAGUGCGAAUGAAAACAAAUGGUUAAUUCCGGACACUGUUUAUGACAGUAUCUCUCGAGAUAUUAAUAAUUUUGUGAACAAAGUUAGCGAUUGGGAGCAACGGAUGUCUGCACUCACUCUUCAUUUUCAGAUCAAUGGAACCAAUUUGAAGGCCAAUGAAGUGGAGGUCGAACCAGAAGUGAAUACACCGAAGGAGAAGAAAGGCCCCAAUUAUAGAGAAGUGCUAAGACUUCAGUCAGACAUGAAGACAUCUAAUCCAUCCAAACCCAAACGACAGCCAAAACCCAAAGCAGACGACGACUACGAGACGGGCGGAUCCAGUGAUUCGGAAAUGGAUAUAUCAGGUGAUUCUUCAGAUGACCACAUUUCCAAAAGACGGGCCAGAGUUCGUCAAAAUAGCGAUGAAUCCAAUGAUUCACAUAAACCAAAGAUUGAAGUAAAGAAGACAACUGGAGACACAAUGAGGCACUCAAUCGAUACCAUUACUGUUGACGAUUCCUCCAAUUCUCAGUCCGCUUCGUCCCAUAUCUCUGCUAUUAGUUCGACAGCCAAUCAGACAUCGAAUCGUGAGACACCGGAACCAUUAGUACCGGAAUCUAAUGAUGUGUUAAUCUAUGAUACGGAUGACGACGCGAUCGCCGGUGACAUUGAUUUCGACCAACUAUUUGCCAAAAGUACUGAAGAAGAAGAUAAAGAUGCCAAACAUAGCGCUGCUAUUGAAAGCAUUAUCUCGUUUUUAGACGAUUCGGUAAGUGAUGAGCACUCAAAGGACACCCCAUCGGCCGAAGCGUCGAAUAAGAAGAGUGAAAAGAAGAGCAUUAAAACCAAAGUUUUGAAAAAAUCCAAUUCGUCUGAAGAGGACGACAGACCCGUAAAUGAAAUCACGCCUAAAACGAGUCAUAACUCAACGUCUAAGCAAACGACGAGUUCAAUGAAAACUUCGCAAACGGGGAAUAAACGUAAGAAGGAAUCGGACGACGACUUGGGCUCUGAUUAUGACGACCAAAGAGUGGCCACGAGUUCGACAAAGAGUAAGACGGCUGUUAAACGUGUUAAUAAAACUCCAAACACGACAAAGAAGGCGAAAACGGAUGAGAAGCCACGCAAACGUAAGGCUCGUUCGGAAUCGUCUGAUAGCAGCGCAUCGGAAACGGUUGACAAAAGCGCCAAAAACAGUGCUCAGAACAAAGAGAAUGAGACUCUAAAAGAGGUGUUUGUAUAUCACUGCGAAUACUGUAACUUCUCGACCAAUGAGAAGCACAAUCUUCUGCUCCAUUCGGGCGGACAUAAGACCGAAUCCAAAACGAAACUCUAUUGCAGUGUAUGUUUUGGUAUCUUCUAUCAUACGGAUCGGUUGGAACAGCAUAUGAUAGAACAGCACCCGCUAGACAUCAAACACACCAUUCUAUACGGCUGUUCAGUCAACGAAUGCAAAGGAGUUGAAUGCGAGUCAAUCGCCCAAUUGGACCAACACUUGCAUCAACACAUCGAAACAGUGGAUUAUCUAAAACCUCCGAAAUACAGAUGCAAUCACUGCAACCAAUUCACCGCUUCCACUGAGGAGCAAGUGUUCGCCCAUUUAUCUCAAAAACAUCGCUCAUUCAAGUGUGCCUUCAAUUGUCCAUUUACUGGACCCGAUUACUUGGCUCUCGAACGACACGCCAAGUCGUCUCAUUCUCGUUAUGGAAAACCAUUUGUGUGCAAAUUCUGUGAUUUUAGUUGUGCUGUGUUUGGAGGACUCAUUCAACACCACUUGUCUGCUCACGCCAUUGACUGGAACUCCGGUCGCAAUAAGUGUUGUCUCUGUGAACAUGAUUUUGAUUUUGAGGACCUGACCUCACUAUUGGACCAUCUGGUGAAACAUUCGCCCGAUUUUGGUUACUUUGAAUGCAAACCGUGUCGCAAACGGAUCACAAAGUUUGAGCCCAUGAAGAUUCACCUGAAGACACACCACGCCGUCGGCGCCGACGAAGUGUGCAGAGAAGUGGCAAAUCUGAAGGAUUUAUUCGACGAUUUGCUGCUCAAAAUUAAGGAACGCAAUCACCAGAAGAAUAGUUAUACGGCGCCGAAAGAGACCGAGAAUGCCAUCGCAGGCCUUAUGGGCGAAGAGUUUAAUGUGGGCUAUGAUAACCACUUCAACGGCGCGGUGGACCCGUUGGCUGAUGCCAUGAAUCAGGUAUUUAAUGAAGAGUUCAAUGGAUACGAUGACAAUCCAGAGAUACAUAUCGCUGAGACUGAAGACAAUGGACUGCUUAUGCCCAAUCGAGCCAUUCAUUCAUCUGCUUCUUCUUCUUCGUCGUCCUCUAACUCUUUGGAGUCGAGAAUCUCAAAGCCAUUGACACCAUUCGUGGCGUUCAACUCAUUGGAAGAAUUGCUUUUCGCUAUACUAUCGACAGUGGAAGCGCUCUCAGAACCCGACUCUUUAUUAUCGAUGCCUUUGUCGUCGUCGGCGACCAACAGAGGGGUCGCGUCGGCCGCCGUCUCCUCUUUCUUCUUCUUCUUCGUGUCCUUCUCUUUAAGCGGCCAAAAGGACUCCAUAAAGCCUACGUCUUCUGUGAGGUUGGGUAACAUCCAGAAGUGGUGUUUACCAAACGUCACGACCCAUACAAUUACAAUGCCAUUAGAGGUUAGGUUUGCAAUCAAAGCGGGUAUUAGUUUCCACACAAAAUACAUGUUAAGAAUAAUGGAGACAAUGGACUCACGAACGGCUAAACCGAUGAUAAAGAAGAGCAAACCGGCGGCCGCUAUACUCAGCGAUGGUCACAUAAAAGUGGUCACAAUUGGCUGUUCAUUACGAGUCAAAAGCAAAUUUGGAAAUCAAUACCUCAUUUUCAUCGACAAAGAUCUGUUCCAAAUGCAUAUCCAGUUUAAUCUUCUUCUUCUCCUUCUUUUUGGUCUCCACUUCUUUCUCGUCCUUCUCUUUGCUCUCGUCUUUCGUUUCUUUCACUUCUUUCGAGUCCUUGGAUUCCUUCGACUCUUUCUUCGACUUCUUUUUCUCUUUCAUCUGCUCUUCAUUACAACUGCUCUCUUCGUUGUCCGCCUUCUUCUUCUUGUCUUUCUUCACGACAACAGUCUUCGCUCUGUGAAAGAACUUAUGUCUCAGCAUCUGAUCCAUGAAUGUCAUCACCGAUUCGCGACUCGUGAACAGCGCUUCCUUCUGUCUCGACUCUAUGGGAAAGAAGUGUUGUCUUCUUCGGCGAUCUCAAAUAUUUUGCGAUUUCGUACUCGACUUUCGAGGGCUUAUCGGAGUCCAGACCCGCGUCCGACUGAAACACGAGAUCAACAAAUCUAUUACAAUAUGGUCUCAAUUGUCACCAAAAUUGGUGCUCAGAUAUCAUUGGGAACCGUCUGGAAGAUGGUAUUCCUCCGCAUUCACGGAACGCAUGAUAACUGA